AUGUCGCUCUCUGCGCGCACCCACGCCUUCCUCGACCGCGUCCACGGCACCUCGUCGUCCUCCUCGAGCAAGGGCCGCGCCCACCCUCUCCUUUCCGACACCGCCUUCCCCUCGCCCUCGCCACUGCCGCCACCGCCCCGCCGCCCAGCAGGCACCCGCCUGCGCCCCGGCACACGCGCCCAAUCCGCCUUUCCCUCGUCGGCCGACCCCUUUUCCGCACCGCGCCCGUUCGCCGACUUUGACGACUCGCCGUUCGCCGUGCAGGAGUACCUCGCCGAGCUCGUCAGGCGCGACGCGCACGACGUCGACGAGCUCGUCAGGGUGCCGGUGGCAGAGGGCGACGACGAGGGCGAGCCUGGCGGCGAGGGAGCGAGGGAGCUCAUCGACGAGCAUGUCUUCUGCCUCGAGCACGUUCGGCGCCUCACGCUCGACCAGCACGUGUGGCUCGCCGCCCUCGAGCGCGUGUGCACCCCUGCAACGUGCCCCUCGAUGACGACGACGCCCUCGUGGCUCUUUGUCUGCGCCGCGCACGCGACACCCCCCUCGCCACCCUGCAGCGCCAUGUCGUACAUGUUGCACACGUCCGAGGGCGCCCAGGCCCUCCUCACGAGCCAGAGGUACUUCCCCUCGCGCCUCGCCGUGCCCGACCAGGGCAGGAAACUCGUGCGCGCCGUCGCGAGGAGGCUCUUUCGCACGUUUGCCCACUGCCACUUCCACCACCCAGCCCUGUUCGUCCACCUCGAGAGCGACACGUCGCUCGUGCGGCGCUUUGCGGCGCUCAACGCGCGGUUCGCGCUCGUCGACGAGGACGCCGGCGAGCUGCUGCUGCUGCGGGUCGGGAGCGAGGGGGAGGGCGAGGGGCACGAGGAGGGGCACGAGGAGGGGGAGGACGCGCUCGAGGAGGAGGACGACGUGGACGAGGACGAGGACGAGAACGGCGGGAUCAGGAUCGUCGGCGAUGCGGCGGGCGACGACAGCCUGUAGCCUCGCGACUCUCGGACAGACUUGCAUGGCUCGCAGUACCU